AUGACAUUCUUGACUGUGCGGGGUGAACGCCCCACCUAUCCCACCGAGCAAAACAUACCGGUGGCCAAAUAUGCGUUUGUCCGAUCUGUGAUCGAACUUUUUCUCGGGGGGACUCACUACGACGUCAUGUCCGCCAGGACCACUCCAUUCCCGAAUUCCACUCCACACGAUCACCCACAGCUUGCCAGUCUUGUCGCUCAUCAAAGACGCGAUGCAGUGCCUAUAUCUACAUCUACAAUCUCCGUCUCGUCGGCGGAUGAGGAGGCCAUUCAACCUGGCCCGGAUUCUACGGUUCUUGAAGAUCGGGACAGCGAGGUUAAACACUAUGUUGAGCUUUACUUCUCCCAUUUUCAUCAACAUUGGCCAAUUUUGCACCAUGCGACCUUCAGCAUACCGGAUGAGCCACCUUUACUUGUUCAGGCAGUCAUGAUAAUUGGACUAUGGGUGAGCGACAAGCCAUCUGCGCAGCAAGCCGCUGUUGAUCUGCACGACAGAUUAGGAUUCUGUAUCCGCGAUCAAAUGGUUGAAUGGGAGAAUCCACUACCACGAACCGGUAAUGAAGGGGAUGGCCUAGUCUCCAAGUGUCCCAUUGCUACCUACCAGGGUAUUCUGCUAUAUCUUAUCUUCUCCCUCGUUCAAAACAGCAACAAUCGAUCUCUAAGACUGGGCCUAUCGCUUUCAUCAUCUGAUCAUCAAAUCCUUUCUGCACUCGUCCAAGUUUGUCUGCGCAACAAGGUCUUCCACUACCCCGAUAUGCUAGAAAGAUACGAGGGCGAUACACCCAUGGCAUGUAUCUGGGUUGGUAUGGAAGAAAUGUCACGCUUGGGACUUGCAAUUUACAAGGUCUCGACUUUAUGCAAAAGCGAAGACUCCAACAACAAUGAGUGCCGGCUGCUUCAGCUUUCGGAUUUACAAUUUCCUGUACCGAAUAGUCGGCACCUUUGGGAAGCCGAGUCUAAUCAGGAAUUGGCCCGACUACUGAAACUUGACGGUAAUCGUGAGAGACUCGAUAUUUAUACCCCGCAGAACUGGAUUUCAACGUCUGCGAAAACACUGGAGUCUGGAAGUGAGAGGUGGUGGCUUUGA